UGUGUCAUGUGACCGGAUGUGGACGGAAACUGGAGCAGGAAAUCAGAGCCAGUGAAAGGGGAGGUGAAGUGAGGAAGCGGAGAGGCCGAGAAACGUUGUCAUCUCAUACCAAAUUGUACACUAUUUGGUAGAUGACUGUGACAGAAUGAGUGUGAAAGCUUUUGAACUUGUUCCCGCUGUGGAACGAGCGCUCUUGAUGGGAGACAAAGCCCGGAUAAACAUAGAAUGCAUCGAAUGCUGUGGCAAGAACCUGUACGUCGGCACCAAUGACUGUUUCGUUUACCACUUCCUGCUAGAGGAGAAGACCACGUCAAAAGAGAAGCUGACAUUUUCAGUCCAAAAGCAGCAGCACAAAUACCUGGGCCUAAAGAAGCCUGUCAGUGAGCUGAAGGCAGCUUCAGCCCUGAACAGGUUAAUUGUGCUGUGUGACAAUACCAUAAUGUUGGUCAACAUGCUGAACUUGGAUCCCGUUCAGUCCGGAGCUAAAAUCAAAGGUGUUGUCACUUUUACUGUGAAUGAAAACCCUGUGAAUGGGGACCCCUUCUGUGUAGAACUUGGCGUUAUUUCUGUCAAGAGAAGGACUAUACAGAUCUACAUGGUGUACGAGGAUCGAGUACAGAUAGUAAAGGAACUGUCAACUCCAGAGCAGCCCUCAGCAGUCAGUCUGGAUGGCUAUUUCCUUUGUUUAGCACUUACAACACAAUAUAUUAUUGUAAAUUACAGCACUGGAGCUUCCCAGGAUCUUUUCCCUUUUGACACUGAGGAGAAGAAACCCAUAGUAAAGAGGAUCGGUCGAGAGGAGUUUCUCUUAGCUGGACCUGGUGGUUUAGGAAUGUUUGCCACUGCAGCAGGGAUUUCCCAGCGUGCACCUGUUCACUGGUCUGAGAAUGUGAUUGGGGCAGCAAUCUGUUUUCCCUAUGUUGUGGCAUUGGAUGAGGGCUUUGUUACAGUGCAUAGCAUGUUGGACCAGCAGUUGAAACAGACCCUUCCUUUCAGGGAUGGACACAUAAUGCAGGAGUUUGAAGGGAAAGUUAUUUUAGCCACUAUGAAAGAGGUGUAUGUGCUGGUUCCAUUGCCUCUGGAAAGACAGAUCCAAGACCUCCUUGCCAGUCAAAGGGUGGAAGAAGCUAUUGUUUUGGCAGAGGGAGCUCAGAGGAACAUCCCAAAAGAGAAAUUUCUGGUGAUGUACAGAAGAAUUCUGCAGCAAGCGGGAUUUAUACAAUUUGGACAGCUUCAGUUUUUAGAAGCUAAAGACAAUUUCAGGAAAGGUCAGCUUGAUGUCCGGGAGCUCAUUUCUUUAUAUCCUUUGCUACUGUCUUCAACUUCAACGUUUACACGCUCACAUCCCCCGUUGCACGAGUUUGCAGAUCUGAACCAUCUCACCCAGGGGGACCAGGAGAAGAUCACCAAGUGCAAGAGGUUUCUGAUCAGCUACUUGAAAGAGAUCCGCAGCACGGAGGUUGCUAAAGAUUACAAGGAGGAUGUGGACACAGCGCUGCUGAAGCUGUACGCAGAAGCAAACCAUGAAAGCUUGUUGGAUUUGUUAGUUUCAGAGAACUUCUGCCUUCUUGUGGACAGUGCUCCGUGGCUUGAGAAACACAAAAAAUAUUUUGCACUAGGACUUCUCUAUCACUGUAAUGGUCAGGAUGAUGCUGCUGUGCAGUUGUGGGUGAGAAUAGUAAAGGGCGAACUUCAAGAUACUACCCGACCAGACCUGUAUGAGUAUGUGGUGGAUUUUCUUAGCUUCUGCUCAAGUCAGGAACUGGUCUGGAAAUAUGCAGACUGGGCCUUGCAGAAAAAUCAAAAGGUUGGUGUUCAGAUUUUCACAAGAAGGCCUGUGGAUGAAGAAAAGGCAGGCAAAUUGAAUCCAGAUGAUAUCAUCAAGUACCUGCACAAAUACUCCCAAGCUGUCACUCAGUACCUUGAGCACCUUGUGCUCGACAGAAAGAUUCAGAAAGAGAAGUUCCAUACUCACCUAGCAGUACUGUACCUUGAUGAAGUCUUGCAGCUACAUUCUCAAAGUGACCAACACUCUGAAGAGCUGAGCACAGCCAGAGCCAAACUGAGAAGCCUCCUUCAACAAUCCUGCCUAUAUAGGGUGCAACUGGUGCUAGGUAAAAUUAAAGACACAGAUCUUAACCUGGAGUGUGCCAUAUUGUACGGGAAGCUGGAAGAGCAUGACAAAGCCCUGCACAUCCUUGUUCACCAGCUGAAGGAUUUCCAGGCAGCAGAGGACUAUUGCUUAUGGAACUCAGAAGGCAGAGACUUGUCUUACAGGCAAAGACUAUUUCAUAUGCUGCUGGCAGUAUAUAUGGACCCUGCUGUCGAUAACGAUACAUUAGUAAUGGCUGCGGUAGACCUUUUAAAUAACCAUGCUGAAGUGUUUGACGCAGUCCGGGUUUUAAGACUUGUUCCGGGUAACUGGUCGAUACAGCUGCUCUGUCCAUUUCUGAGAGGAGCAAUGAGAGAAAGCAUGCAUUCUAAACGGAUGUCUCAAGUGGCCUUGGGAUUAGCAAAAUCAGAAAAUGCGAUUUACAAGCAUGAGAAGUUAAAAUAUAAAGGUCUAAUUAAUCUGUCUGAGAAAAAGGGCUGCCAGCUGUGUCACAACACUUUCAGCGAGCCUGAAUUUGUUUGUUAUCCCAACGGCAUUCUUGUGCACAUUCACUGCGCAGCGAAGAGGAACAGAGACUCUGCAAGUAAGCAGCACUUUACAAACCCCUCCAACCACACCUGAAAGACCCUAAUAAUGUCUCUGAACAUUCCCGCCCCCUUUAGAAAUGGAAACGGAAAGGGAAGAAAUACUGCUGCUGUCUGCAAAGAAAAGGCCCACAGUCUGGGGUAGCAGAUAGAAAAACUGUUUUAAGAUGUGAACUUUGAGCACUGGAAACUCAAAACUUUUAUAUACAGUAUGGACAAGUAUUGUAUAAACCAGAAGUUAUUUAUUUUGUGUUCUUGUCCAUAUAAACAGUGAAACUGAAUGACUGAACAAAGGGGGUUCAGUUUUCCCCCAACACUUUCCUUAAAAUUACACUGCAAAUAUUUACUUUUCUGUUAAAAGAAAAAACAGGGCUAAUUUCACCCCACCAUGUAUCCCCUCCACCUAAAUUGCCACCUUAAAGUAAGACAAGAGAACCUUACGAUACCGAUUUCACACUAGGCUUUAAUUUGGUAUUGAAGGUGUUCUUGGACUAGUUACUGUUUGUUUUCAAGGGAACAAGUUCACCUUGCUUCCAAAAUGAUCUCCAACCCGCACAGGAAGUUUCACUACCACUUAGUUACUGAAAGUAAAAGUGUGCAAUCCCUCAGUAAAUGUACUACUAAACAGUGGGCUGAUUUAACUUUCUUAAACAGCUUUAGAUCUAACGAAAUAGUUGAAAUAAUUAAAGGAAGGGUCCUUUUAUAAAAUUAAUUAAAAAAAAAAAACUAUCUCUGAGGGUGCCUGUGAAUCUCAUGAGUAUUUAGAAUCGCUCUUGUCUUUUAAAUGUUAGUAAAGUGCCAGGAUUGGUCCUACUUUUAUAAUUUGAUUGAUGGUAGUAUGAUCCACCAGCAUUUAGAUACAUUGAAUUGAUUCCAGUGUCUGCAUUGCACAUGUUUGUUCCUUGUUUCCUGUGUAAACAUUAUAGACACCCUUUCCACACUGUGUGGUUCUGGUGUAUUCAUGCACAGAUCAAAUCAAUUGGUGGCACAUUCAAAUUCAAUUGUCCGUUUUAAUGUUGUGUUUUUUUUUUUGUUUUGUUUUUUUGUACUGCACAGCAAAAUUUCACUUGGCUUCCGAAUGUGAAGUCAACAGUGAGGGAUUGGGCUUUUACUGGUCCAGGAGUGAAGACCAGAUUAUAGUUUGCUGAGUGAAAGGAUAUAUAUGGCGAGUAGUGCUGGGAUGAACAUGGUAUGUUCAUGUUUGGAUAUCCGUUCAAUAUUCGUUCAUUUGCAAAACGUCAAAGCCAUUAUAUGUAACACAGUAUUAAAGUUGAAAAAUCUCACAGAAGUAAGAAAAACCUUACUUUACCCUCAUGAUGAAUUAAAUCCCAAACAAAGGAUGCCAUACAGUAGUUAGUUAAAAAAAAUAUAUAUAUAUAUAUAUAUAUUGUGUGUAUUUCAGGUAAAAGCAAUGUAAUCCCUGCCAUUGUCAUGUCUUCGCAAUAAACAAUGUGACCAUAGACACGUUUCACAAAGUAAUAAAAUAUAUUUUUAACUUGAAUAAACACUUCAAAUAAAUAAAUGUGGAAAAGGGGGCAUUGUGCAAUGAAAAAAGACAGUAUUUGCUCACUGUUUUUAUGUCUCUUUUAUUACAUUCCACAUAACAAAAACUAGGAUUAUAUCAUUUUUUUUUGCAAGUUGGAGUGACGUACCUGACUUGUGUCAUAUUGCAGACAGAAACGGACCCCGAAUGACUCGCUUCCUGUAUCUGAAGCAGCACUGGCAACUUCACUUGUAUGUAGCGAUGCAGCUAGUGUUGCGUGUGCAGCCUAAUCUGGACUCUGUUUAAAAUACUAGGGACGUUUUUUAGCAGCCAGAAGUAGAUAGGGGACCAAAAUUGGCUCACACAGACUAGAGCUGUUUUCCCUCUUGUAAUUUAGAAACUGUCAUGUAAAUUCUGGCAAGGUGGUAAAUCUGUACAAGGCCAAAGACAUUGUGAUACAUAUUUCUUAUUUCUGUCACUGUGUUAUAUCUGACAGACACAGACAUUUUUUUGUUGUGUUUUGAAUACAUGUAAAAUAAUAAUAAUUGUUCUGAUACCGGUCUUUGUCCCAGCACUAAUGUCUCCUAGUCAAGUACUUCAACAAGUUUGUUUUUCAAUGUCUUUUUGCAUAGAGCUACCUUUCAAAUCUGUUGGUCCCACCUGUUCCUUUUUUACUAUUAAUUUGCUAACACUAAAGUGUUUGUCCAUUUAAGCAUCCAGGGAUUUUUUUGUUUUUUCACAUUAUCCUUUGAUGAUUACUUCAAGUGAAAUGUAAGAGCAACAUCAUAUCUUCCAAUUUGUGCCAUAUACUUGCAGGGUUUCAGUAGGACUAAGCAUUCAGUUUGACAUAUUAAGGUAGACAAAAGGUUGGACAAAGUUUCAGCUGUAGUGCUUGUCCUACCUUACCCAGCUAAGAACAUGUAACCCCCUCCAUGUGCACAUACACCUCAAUGAAGUUUCUUUAACUACUGAAUAUUUUAUGAUUGUUUGAAGCUGUAUGGGUAGAAUCAUGAAAACUAUUCCCAUUAUAUCUGAAAUCUCUUUGUGACAUAUUUAUACACUUUUAUAAGCACAUGAAACACUUAAGGCUCUUUUCUCAGAAAACAUUUGAUGAUUACAACUUUAUCUGACCCCCUCAUGGAGUUAUAACUGUAUACUGUUAUACUGUCUUACACCACUGUAUAAUAUCCGAUUCUUCUCUUUUUUUCAACACUACCUUACCCUCUAUACCCUUCAUUUAAAUCAGAACUGGUCUAUAUCAUGCCAAGCAUGGCACUAUCUUAUUUUGACGUGUUACACUUUGCAUCUUGUGCAGAGCUGAAUAUUUUAACUCUGGUUAUGAUGUCAGAACCAAAUGUAUUUAUUUAACCUGAAUAGAACCCUCAGAAGGGACUGGGUGGUAAAGAAGUUACAAUGAUUUUAGAUCUUUAUUAUCUUUUUGUUGUAAUGGAUUAUUGAACGUGUUUCCAAAAGGUUGAACCAGGCGUCAUUUUAAAAGGUGCAGUAUAACCUAUUUAACCAUUGAAUGUUUGUUCUCAGCUUGCUAACGUGAUUCAAUUUGAAUACUUUGUUAUAAAUGUAUAUUGUAUUGCAAACUGAUUGAAUACAUUAUCAAUAAUCCUGAUUGUCAAAAUAACAACAAUGUGUUUAUUUGACAAGUGAGAAGGGACAGACACUUCAAACACUGCAUACCCUAUCAAACAUGUUAUGUUGAGUCCACUGCUACAGCAGGGGUGAGAACCCUGAGCUGACCUUUUAAGAGCCACUUGUGCUGGUUCCAUUAUUGCAAGUGUAAUUCUUUGAUAUUUUAGGUAUUGGAAUAAUAAUAUAAAUUCAAAGACAAUAAACAAGCUUUGCUUCCUUGUCUCAUAUACAUAUAUAUAUAUAUAUAUAUAUAUAUAUAUAUAUAUAUAUAUAUAUAUAUAUAUAUAUAUAUAUAUAUAUAUAUAUAUAUAUAUAUAGACUGGAGAGGAGGGCUAUAGUAGGAAAUUGGGAAGACAAUUGUUACCGACGGGGCUAUGAUGCCCGAACCUGCAGGCUGAGGGCAUUGCACCCUGGAGGUAACAAUCAUCAUCCCGAGGGACAUUUCAUUUUUCACUGUGGCUGAGUCUGCAGUACAUAUUUAAUUUAUGAAUCAGUCAAGAAAAUAAGUGAAGCAAGAUUGGAUAGUAAAUAUGACUUUUAUAUAUUUUUAAAUAUAGCUGAUUCAGCAUAAGUUAAUAAAUAAAUAACAGUAAAUGUUUUUGAAGUUCAUAUCGUAUAGUUAGCAAAAUUUUUCUCCGACAAUCACAUGACAGACCGAGACUAUUGACCGGUGGUGUAAACAUGUUAGGGCAGUGGUUGAAUCUAUUUAUUUUUUUUCCUAUGAUGAGGUUUGAACCCAUCACAGGCCAGGAUAGUAAGAGUCAAGGGAAGCACAUUUGUGUCAGGUAUUCAUUGUGUUACAUGGUAGGUUAAAUUGUACAGAAAUUAUGUACAAUAGACACACACAAGUUAAACUAAACACAUAAGUGGUCAGAUCAGACAUGCAAGUUGUAUUCAAUCAAUAUCAGAUCCUGCAAUGUGGAAUUAAUUUACUAACAGCUGUAACCUGCAAGCCUUUCACUCUGUUCUGGUUUGUAUGUACAAGUCAUAAUGCAGAAGUAACUUUCAGAUUUUCAUUUCUUCCAUUAAAAUUACAAAAUAUGAUGACCUUGAGUAGAUCAGUGGGUAAUGCAUACAGCAUAAUACAUGGGCUGCAACAAUUUACAAAAAACAUUAUUGUGAAACCACAACCCCAAAGCUCAAACUUGGAUUUAUUUCCAUGGCAUUAUGUUAGAAUACAUGGAUUGUUCUCUAAAUAAAGAAGGAGAAAAGCAAACUUUGAAUUAAAGAGUAUAAAUAUUGAAUGAAAAAGUUUAAGUGAGAUGUACAGCAAUAUUUUAAUAUAUAUUUGAUGAAAUAGUUUUUGUGACAGCACUACGUAUUUCAUUAUUUAACAGGAAAGUUAAAUUCACAGUUCUGAAAAAGUAAUGGUUCACUCUUCAAACAUAAGAACAGUGAACUACGACUGUGAUGUCAGAAUAAUGAAUUAUAGCAUUAAUCGGGCUGCAGUUAUCCAUUGCUUAUGCAUGACAAUUGAAGCCUAAACAGCUGUCCAUCUUUUUAUGUUUAUUUGGUUAAUAAAUGCAUAUGCAAGCCCAUUUAUUGUAAACUAACCGCUUAUAAAAAAAAUGACAUUAAUAACUGUUCCUAGAAAUGUAUCUACUCCAAAUACUAUGUGUAUCCAGUUUUGAAAAAUCUGCUUCUGGAAGGUAUUUUCAGUGUCUUUAUGGGGCAGUAGAUCAAUAUAGUGUAAGUUGAAACCACCUUUAAAAUAUGUAUUGGGGAAAUUUGACUAUUUUUAAGGCACUGUUUUAUAUAGCAUGUAUUUUUAGGUACAAGUAUACAAGUAAAUAGUCCAUUCUCAAAACAACAAAGGUAUUUUUUUUCUGUGUUUUGACAAAUUGUCAUUUUAAUGAAUUCAUUUUUAAAACUGUAGAACGACAGUGGCUAUUUCAUUCAAAUUACCAAAAGAUAUGUGACUCAUUAACCAUUAAUUUGCCAAGCCAUGAUUCUUUGAAUUCUUGUCUUAAUUUACACAAAAUAACCUUUCUUCUUCAGUGAUUAUUUACCAUUGUUCACUGUAGAAAGAUCCCCUAAUGAAACAUAAACCAAAGUUAAGCUUUUUUUUUUUUUUUUUUUUUUACACUCCUGCUCGCUAUUCUUGUGUGGUUUUAUACAGGGUAAACUGGAAUGUGUAUUUCAGUCCAAACCAUGUUCUUAAUAAUAUCAGUGCUUUAAAAAUGACUUCCAAUUGGCUUGCUAAUACACUACUUACAGUUCCAUUGUUUUAUAUGUUGCAAUCUUUAUACCUGCUAAACAAUAUAUAUAUAUAUAUAUAUAUA